AUGAACUCACACAACUAUAAUCAUCAGCGGGAACAACAGCGACAACAAGAGCAGCAGACAAAUGUGAAUCCUGUUACCGACUUGACUAAUUAUCAGAUAAAAAAACGUAGUAGAAAAAAAUCCGAUGAAUUCGAAUCAAGACAAGAAGAAGGUGGAGACGGAGACAAAGGUGGAGAAGGCGGAGACGGAGAAAAAUCUCCACAACAGAUAUUCCAACAGUAUCAAAAUCAACAAGUGGAUGAUACAACGAUGAAUUGUAGUCAUGCUGGAAGUAGUCAUAUGGAACAAAGGGAUGAAACCGCCUUAUCAAUGAAGAGUGCCACCAUGUCUAUGGGUAAUUCGCCUGAUCAAUUUGUUUGUCCAGUGUGUCGUAAUGAAAUUCAAUCAGAAGAUUUAGAAGACCACUACAGUUAUGAAUUGAAACAAAUACAAAAUUUCACAAUCAGCGUGCCGACAGAAGAAAUGAUAAAGAUGUCCAGUAAACGAGAGUUGUCACCACCUACCAUCAUCAGUCAGCAGACGAAUGAAGCAUUGCAGAACAGUGAAUCGAGAUUUGCAAUAUUUAAGAAUAUUGAAAAGAACCGGAAAGAGAGAAGAGAGAAGUUUCUGGAACACCUUUAUUCCCUGAAUGAUAGAAAUGAUAACAGAGAAAAACGAAAACAACCACAAGUGAUACCUAAAUUCUACAACGUUACCAAGUGAUUGUCAACGAGUCGUCUGUCGCUAAGUAACAGUAUAUCAUCAUUCAUAUCGAUUAUUCUGAGUCAAAAUAAUUCUGAGACAGUCAUGACAGUCAUUCACUGAUGUCAUCAGCCAACCAUAUUUUCUUCUUUUGUUUUUCGUGUAAAUAGUGUUAACUUUCCAAUUUCCUCUAAUCAUCUCAUUUCUUCUCCCCCUUCUCUCAAG